AAUGUGCCCUAGGGGAUCAAUGGAUCUAUGUUAUGAUAUUUACAAAGUGUUAUGUUUACACGAAUGAAAGUUCUUGUUAAAUAUUAACGUACUUAAAAUGAACUAUAAAUUAAGAAUUGCAAAGUAACAAUUCUAUUGAUCCAAGUUUUAUUAAAUAGAAAAAGUAUGAAACUAGUAAAACCAAAUUGGGUUACACACGAUGGGUACUCAAUAUUUUCCGUGGAUAUACAUCCAGACGGGAAAAGGUUUGCAACUGGUGGUCAAGGUGGAGAUUCUGGAAGAGUCGUUAUAUGGAAUAUGGAACCAGUAAUUAAUGAAAUUGCAGAAUUAGAUGAGAAUAUUCCAAAAAUGUUGUGCCAAUUAGAUAAUCAUCUAGCAUGUGUCAAUUGUGUCAGAUGGAGUAAUAAUGGAUUAUUAGCAUCAGGUGGUGUAGAUAAAUUAAUUAUGAUCUGGAGGUUGUCUGGUGGAUCAGGUGGUAGUUCUUUAUUUGGUGGAAAAUCUAGUGUUGAGACAUGGCGUUGCAUAGCUACAUUACGUUCACACGAGGCUGAUGUACUUGAUCUUGCAUGGGCACCACAUAGCCCAUGGUUAGCUUCUGCAUCAGUAGACAACAGUGUAAUUGUAUGGGAUGCUUCAAAAUUUCCAGCUAUUGUAGCUGUAUUGAAAGGUCAUACAGGAUUUGUAAAAGGAAUUACAUGGGAUCCAGUAGGAAAAUAUUUAGCUUCUCAAUCUGAUGAUAAAACGUUACGUGUAUGGCGCACUACAGAUUGGACAGAAGCAGCUUUGAUAUCAGAACCAUUUGACGAAUGUGGAGGAACCACUCAUGUUUUAAGACUUUCUUGGAGCCCAGACGGUCAAUAUUUAGUAUCGGCUCAUGCAAUGAAUGGUGGAGGACCAACUGCACAAAUAAUUGAGAGAGACGGUUGGACCCAAGACAAGGAUUUUGUUGGACAUCGUAAAGCUGUCACAUGUGUGAGAUUUAAUGGCAAUAUUUUACAAAAGAAGCAACCAGGUUCUUCUAAACCACAGCAAUAUUGCUGUGUUGCUAUAGGCUCUCGUGACCGUUCUCUCUCCGUAUGGUUAACUUCAUUAAAAAGGCCUCUAGUAGUAAUACAUGAAUUGUUUACACACUCUGUCUUAGACGCUAGUUGGUCACCAUGUGGUCUACGAUUAGCAGCUUGUUCUUGGGACGGAUCUGUUGUAAUUAUUGAAUUUACGCAACAGGAAUUAGGUCAACCACUGGAUCCUGCUGAACAAAGUAGUCUUCAUGAACGUUUGUAUGGUAAACCUCUAGUUCAAGGUGGUUGUACUGUAAUGGAAGCACCUGAACUUCUUAAUUUAAAAACAUCAGCACCAUCGACUCAAAUAACUCAAACACCAGCAAGUGCAAAUUCAACAUAUCCGCCUGCUAAUACUUCAACUACUCCUGCUAAGGGUCCUAUUAAUAAACAAAUUGAAACAAGGACAUCGGAUGGCAAAAGGCGGAUAACACCAAUGUUUAUCCCGCCUCCAUCGGACACAAUGGACUCGCCAAGUGGUAGAUUGGGAACACCAACAUUUACAAGUCAAGUUAAAAGUUCAAUUGUUAUAGAAAAACGAAAUGACGUUGUAGCGCCUAAUGUUACUACUUCUAUAAAUUUAAUUAACAUGAACACACCAUCGUCCACACUUACUUUGAAGCGUCGUGAACAAGCUACACCAAAACCACAUCACACUUCGCUUAAUAAGAAACCAAAAAUUACAUCUGAAAGAAAUACAAAUCAAAUAUUACUUCCUCCACUAAAGCCAUCCAGUUCAUUGUCUCAACAAGCUGGACACUAUGCAGUAACAGUAACUAAUAGCCAAGGUUUAGCUCAUUUGCAAGUAUUUAAAGGUACAGAUUCUGAGCCAACUUGGAAUCUGUAUUUGGGAUACAGUGCAGUAGCCUUAGCAGCAUCGCCAGCGGUUAUAGCAAUUGGUUUGGAGGAUGGUAGCCUUCACACGUUUCAUCCUGCAAAAGGAUGUCGACCGGCACCACCUUUAGCACCACCUGCACCACUCGCAAAAGUUCAUGCAGUUGGAAAUGCAGUAAUGGUUAUUUCAAGCUGCGGGGCUGUACGUGUUUGGGAAAUUGGAUAUUCUUGUAGAAUGAUAGUUUCCACUUCUGCUGCACAUUUAGCAGUACCUGGCACCUCUUUAUUAUCUUGCACUUUAUACAAUGGAAUGCCACACUUGGCUUUUACCAAUGCCAGAGCAUACAUAUACCAUAAAGAAAUGGGUACAUGGCUAUUAAUUGGUGACAGUCAAGACCCUGUAUGGCGUUGGGCAUCGUUCAAUGCAGCAAGUACAUCUGGAAGCAGAGUUCCCAGGGGUCCACUUUCUUCUUUACAAGAAGGAUUACUUAGAACAGCUGGACAUACUUUACCUAAUCCAAGAUUACCUCAUAGUGCUCCAAGUGUUGUAUCUUAUUUGGAACAACAAUUACUCGCUUCUAAAGCUCUUGGAAGUACUCAAGAAUAUGUACAUUGGCUCAUAGCCUUAGUAUCAUUUCUAUUAACUCAAGAUGGAUUGGAGAAACGGCUGAGGUUAAUAUUGGAUGAACUUUUAGGACCAAGUCACACAUCAGCUUCUAAAAGUAUAUGGGAUCCUCUGAUACUGGGGAUUAAAAAGCAUAAACUUUUGGAAGAUUUGUUGUCUGUUGUUGGUGGACACCUUCGUUGGCAAAGAUUAUAUCUUGAAUAUACAGAACAAUUAACGACAUUGAAGAAUCAGACUAUUUAAAAGAGUUUGAUCAAAAUAUAGAUCUAAUAUACAGAGUGUCCUGUCUGAAAUCUGACAGGAUUAUUUUCUUGGGAAGUAUUAAAGAUUGCAAAACAAAUUUUUUGUACAUCAUAUAAAAGGUACCUUUAUAUCCCAAUAUUGCACAAAAAAUCUUUUCACUAUCCUUACUACUUUCUGAGAGAAUAGAAAUACUUCAAACGGUACACAUUAUGUAUAUAAAAUUCGCAUUGUAACUAUAAGUACAUGAGAAUUCUAAAGUAAUGUCGAUAAAUUUUUAGGCAGAUUUU